AUGAGACACUCUCUUACCUUGGCAGCUUUGGCCGCCGCUGGAGGUGCCUUUGCGCAAUCGCCAGUCCCAGCGUACGGACAGUGUGGCGGUCAAGGCUAUACUGGAUCCCUUGUCUGCGUAUCUAGCUUCUAUUGCAACAAGGUCAACGACUGGUACUCGCAGUGUGUUCCAAACUCAGGAUCAAGCGUUUCAACCACUGUCAAGACCUCUAUCUCCUCUUCCUCGACCACUGUUGUAACCAAACCACCUGUCACUACAUCGAGGACCAUCUCGACAUCCAAAGCCGUGACCACGACUGCAGCUGCCAGCGGCCCUUCUCCAACAACCUCUGGCACAAAGUUCGUCAUUGACGGCAAGGCAGGCUACUACGCAGGCACAAACUCAUACUGGAUUGGUUUCCUGACCAACAACGAUGACAUCGACCUUGUCAUGCAACAUCUCGCCAGUUCAGGCUUGAAGAUUCUUCGUGUCUGGGGGUUCAACGACGUGACUACAACUCCCACCGACGGAACUGUAUAUUUCCAAUCUUUUGCCAACGGGCAACCAACCAUCAACACCGGUGCCAAUGGCCUCCAACGCCUCGAUUACGUAGUCAAGAGUGCUGAAACCCAUGGAAUCAAGCUGAUCAUCAACUUUGUCAAUAACUGGACUGAUUAUGGUGGCAUGGCAGCUUAUUUCAAAUAUGCUGGCAUUACAUCAAACACGCAAUGGUACAACAGCACCAUCGCUCAAACCCAGUAUCAAAGAUACAUCAAGGCAGUCGUGUCACGCUAUGUUUCCAGCCCAGCCAUCUUUGCCUGGGAACUUGCCAAUGAGCCUCGCUGUACAGGCUGUGAUCUCUCAACCCUCAAGACAUGGGUCAUCAACACCUCCAAGUACAUCAAAAGUUUGGAUGCCAAACACAUGGUCACCACCGGCGAAGAAGGUUUCGGACCCAUCGCUGGAGACGAUGGCAGUUACCCAUACCAACUCUCUGCUGGUGGAAGCAACUUUACCGCAAACUGCGAGGUCCCCACGAUUGAUUUUUGCACCUACCACCUGUAUCCAGAAUCUUGGUCUGUAACGCCCACUUUGGAAUGGGGGACUCAGUGGAUCCAAGCUCAUGCAAAGGCUUGUUCGGCAGUUGGCAAACCAUGCUUGCUGGAGGAGUUUGGUGCAAGUAACAACUGCACGAUUGAGAGUAGUUGGCAAGCUACUGCUUUGGCAGCUGCUGGUACGGGAGGAGACCUUUUCUGGCAGUAUGGUGAUACGUUGAGCUAUGGCAAGACAUCGCAAGAUGGGAAUACUGCUUACUACGGCGAUGAGCUUUACGCUUGUCUGGUUGACAAACACAUCAAGGCUAUUGAUAGCUUGUAG